GGAAAAGAAAAAAGGCAAGAAGGGUACAGGUGGCUGCAACAUAUAUGCGGAGCAGUGGGGGGAUCGGUGUACGACGUCGUGCCAAGCAUGCUCGGUUCACGCCAAGGUCGAUUCCAAUUCAGAGAGCGGCGGAUGCCAAGGCGAAAACUUCUCUCGAUGCUUAGCUGUACGGGUAGCCAUUGGGUGCUUGUCGCAAUGCCAUGUCCACGAUUGUAA